AGACAUGGCUCAAAAUUCUCUUAUUCUAAUCACGAUUCUCGUCUCUUUCACCGUAGCAACCGCCAGCCGUCACAUCAGCGCCACCAACUCAUCCACUAACCUCGUUAGUGAGGUUAGUGACGGUGUUCACUAUGGUCACAAAGGUAUCCUCACAUUGUCAUCAUCAACGAACGAGUUAGAGUUAUGUGACCAGACUUAUGGGUUCAUGCCUUGCACCACCUCCGUACUCGGCAAUCUUUUUCUCAUUUCGGUCUAUGGUUACCUCAUGUUCCUUGCUGCCACAUACUUGUCCACGGGCAGUGAGCUAAUGUUGGAGAUUUUAGGUCCUGGUAUCGUCGGGGGUCUCUUUCUUCCAAUCCUUGGAGCUCUUCCGGACGCUUUGCUCAUUCUCGUUUCUGGAUUAUCUGGAAGCCCAGAAACGGCUCAAGACCAAGUCUCCGUCGGCAUGGGAUUAUUGGCCGGUUCAACUGUCAUGCUUCUAACUGUUAUAUGGGGAUCAUGUAUCAUCAUAGGCAAAUGCGAUUUACAAGACUCAUUUGCUAUUGAUAACCAAGAUACUAAAGGAUUCAACUUAGUAGGCUCUGGUGUAAGCACUGAUAUAUGGACCAGCUAUUCUGCUAUGACAAUGGCUGUAUCUGUACUCCCUUUUAUAGUUGUUCAAUUCCCACAAAUCCUCCAUUCGACUUCUGGAAGACAGUUGACGGUCUUAAUCGGUCUUAUAAUAUCCAUUUCUCUUCUAAUUGCAUACUGCAUUUAUCAGGUGUAUCAACCUAAUAUACAAAAGAGACGCCUUGCUUUCGCAAAGCAUAAACAUGUACGGUCUGGAAUUCUUAGGUACUUAAAAACAAAUGCAUUUGGAGGACUUUUAGACGAUCAAGGCCAACUUAAUCGAGAAGUUCUAUACAAGCUAUUUAACUCGGUUGAUGUCAAUGGGGACGGACAUCUUUCACAAGUUGAACUAAGAUCUCUUGUUGUAGGAAUGCAGUUAAAUAUAAAUUUAAACGAAGAUGACACCAUUUACAAAGUGAUGAAAGAAUUUGAUACGUCUGGAGACGAUGAAGUAGAUUUUGAAGAGUUCAUAACUGGAAUCGGGAAUUGGCUUGAGGAGGCUAGACUUACGAAAACACAUUCUCCUAUAGCUGGUCCUGACACAACUAACUAUAUUCAUGAUUAUUAUGAGGAAACAAAAAGAGAACAUUACCUUUUGGGAGAUGAAGGCGGCGAAGAUGAAGAACAUGAGGAAGGUGACAGGGACCCACAUCAAACAACGAUAAAAGCUGUUUUAUUUCUGUUACUUGGCACACUUGUAGCUGCUAUAUUUGCUGAUCCUCUAGUAGACGCUGUUGACGGUUUCUCUACUGCGACAAGUAUCCCGUCUUUCUUCAUCUCAUUCAUUGUGUUGCCGUUAGUAACCAACUCUAGCGAAUCCGUAUCAGCAAUCAUCUUUGCUUCACGUAAAAAGCAAAGAUCCGCCUCUUUAACCUUUUCCGAGUUAUAUGGGGCAGCAACGAUGAAUAAUCUACUUUGCUUAUCAGUGUUCUUAGCACUUGUUUAUGCGCGAGGACUGACGUGGGAUUUUACGUCAGAAGUGCUUGUUAUUUUGAUUGUUUGCAUUGUGAUGGGCGUUUUUGGCAGUUUGCGUACAACGUUCCCUCUUUGGACAUCUUUAAUUGCUUUUGUGCUCUACCCGUUAUCCCUUGUUCUUGUAUAUAUUCUGGACUAUGUUUUCGGUUGGUCGUAGAUUCAACCAUGGUCAUAGUUGUUGACUCUUGUUUCUCAGCUUAUUUGCUGUCAAUUUCUUAGGCACAUAACUGAUUCUUGUAUAUAUUCUGGACAACGUUUAAGGUUGUUAAGAUAGCUCUCUUGUAUCUACUGAUUUGAUUGUCAAAUACAAUCUUAGUUUUGUCUCCUUAGGCAUUUAUUAA